CAACCUAUAAAUUCUCGUACUUCUUCCCAGUUUUUCUCCCUAGACUGCGACUCCAUGGAACCCGAAGCUUCAAAGCUCUCAUCUUCUUCUUCGUCUUCUUCUUCUUCAUUACAAAACCCUAAAAACCCUAUUAGAUCAACGAUCAAAGACAAAGACUUCUUGAACCACCUCGAAUCGUACCUCGCGAAGCGAGAUGGUGUUGACAAGCUUUUGAAGAUCUCGAGGUACGCCACCAAGAUCAUCCUCGCCUCCUCUCUCCUGCCCGAAACCCUACCCCUCAAUCGCCGACUCAAGAGCUUCGAAUCGAGUGUUGGUGUCAGUCGCAAGGCAUUCAGGCUCGGCAAAUUCGUUCAAGACGUGAAUGCUCUGCGAAACUUGUGUUUUGACUCCAGAGAACAAUUGAUAUUGUCUGUGAUCGCCUACGGAAGUGAGGGUUUGUAUUACUUUGUUGAGCAAUUCGUGUGGUUGGCCAAAUCGGGGUUGAUCGACGCUAAACACUUGCGUAAUUUGCAGAAGAUUAGUGCUUGGGCUGAGUUUAUUGGUUAUUUAGGGAGUAUUAGUUUGAAAAUUAGGGAUUUGAAGAAGAUUGGCGAGGAAGAAGCCUGUUUGAGAUCGAGUAUCGAGGUUGCGAUUGUGAGAGGGGAUGAGUGUGGUGAUCAGGAGGCUAAGAUUCGGAAAUUGAGAGAGAAGAAGUUCAUGAAGAAGCUUUCGAUCGUGCAAGAUUUGGCUGAUGGGUUGAUGGCUGUGGCCGAUAUUCAGGAUGGAAAGGGGCCAUUUUCGGGGCCACUGUUGAUUUCGUCGGCAGGGCUUUUGUCGGCGAUGAUUAGUACUCACAAAAAUUGGUUGUCUUGCUGAUUUUGAUCGCGAGAUGACAAGGUAUGAAUUUGAUUGUUAAAACCCUGCUGCUUGAAACAAUUGGAGAUUUAUGUUUGAAAAUUUCAGAUAUUCAUGUUACAGUAGAGAGCGAGAGAGCUCUUAUAGUUUCAUUGUAGGGGAGAUAAUGUGAAUCCAUGAAGCUCCUGGGUUCUCUUCUUGUUACAUUUCUCAUGAAUAAUAAAUUAAAUUGCAUCUUUGGGAUGCAAAGGAUUCAAUUAUGGUUCUACAAAAAUGUAUUGAUUUAUAUUAUUAUUGGUUAA